AUGACAGAUAUCCCAAUCAGUUAUCAAAGAAUAAAUGCAGACAUGAUAAACAAAUUCAAAGGGCAAUUUGUAACACUUGUGGGAAAAUUAUUGUAAAGCAAAGGAGAUUAUGUUGAAUUUAUGGUGGAUGGAUGUAAAACAAUAUUACGAUUUCAUUUAGCAAUUGUGAAAGUGACUGAGAUUGAAGAAGUUCCUGAAAGCAAUGAAGAUAUCCUUUUAGAAAUAAGAGGCAAAUUAAAUGAUGAUGGCUUUUUAGAGGCUAAAGAAUUUACAGAAUUAGACUAAACAUUUGAUUUCGAGCUCUACAAAAAUGUGAUAGUUAUGGUUUAAGGACAGUUUAGAGAAUUGUUUUAUGAUUGAAUUAAUUAGUUAUCUG